UAUUUAAUUUCUUAUGGCCGCUGUACACACUCGACGAGAGCCUCUCGCCGAGAGUCUCGGCCGAGGGAUUCUCGGCGAGAGCACGCCCUGUACACCCUCGUUUAGUCAGUUGCACUGCAAAUACCCGAGACGAUGGACGUAGAAACUGCUGCUGCUAUUUGUCUCUGUGCCGCGAGCUACUAUAAUUAUUUAAACGUUUACUCUAAGAAAAAAAUUCAUAAGCCAUGGAGAAAAAGAAGAUGGUGGAUGAUUGCUAUGCACCGUAAUAGAAACAGAAUCACCAUGGAGAAUCAAUUGGCAGAGUUAGUGGCGGAACCCUGUGGUCAAUUUAAAAAAUUUACAAGAAUGUCUUCAAUAGACUUUGAAUAUUUAUUGCAAAAAAUUUCUCCGAUGAUAACUAAGGCAAAUACACCUAUAAGACAAGCAAUACCUGCAAAAAUUCGGCUAGCAAUUUCUUUAAGAUUUUUAGCCAGCGGAGACAGCUUUGAGAGUCUUCAUUUUCUGUUCAAAGUUUCUAGUUCAAUAAUUUCCAGAAUUGUGCCCGAAGUUUGUAUUGCAUUAAACCAAGUUUUAAAGGAUCAAAUUAGGAUUCCUGAGGAUCCACAGUCGUGGCUACAAAUUGAACAAGGGUUUAGAAAUUUUCCAAGGUGUAUAGGAGCAAUAGAUGGCAAACACAUUGUUAUGCAAUCUCCUGUACAUAGUGGUUCAGAAUACUAUAACUAUAAAAAGAGUUUCAGUAUUGUUCUUCUUGCGUUAGUCGACAGUAAUUACAAUUUCAUUUUCACUGAAAUUGGAAGCCAGGGAAGGAUUAGUGAUGGUGGUGUAUUUCGUAAUAGUAAACUAUGGCGAAGAAUUUCCUCAAAUAAUCUAAAUUUUCCGAUGCCACGGCCACUGCCAGGGAGUACAAGAGAAGUUCCGUAUGUUUUUUUGGGAGACGGAGCAUUUGCAUUGACAACACAUGUGAUGAAGCCAUAUCCAGGAAGUCAUGAUAAAUGGACGCCGAAACGUAUAUUUAAUAAGAAACUUUCUUCCUCACGCGUUGUGGUUGAAAAUGCAUUUGGAAUAUUAGCCUCUAAAUUCAGAAUAUUUCGGAAACCCAUACUACUAAACCCAGAGAAAACCACUAUUAUUGCUAUGACUUGUGUACUGCUACACAAUUUCUUGAGGAAAAGUAGAACGUCAUCCGCAAUUUAUACACCUCCAGGUACAGUUGACGUUUAUGACAGUAACAAUGAGCUGCUCACACCAGGUUUAUGGAGGAAUGAAAUUGAAGACACGUGUGCAAUCAGAUCCUUGCAACAAAUACCAAGAAGACCAGCACAGGAUGCAUAUCAGAUUAGGGAAGAAUUUACAACAUAUUUCGUUAAAGGUUAUAAUAAUACUAGCAGACCCAGUCAAGCUUCGCUUUGACUCAUUCCCCACCCUACCCCUACCC